AUGGUGGGCCACCUACACUUCCAGGGCAUGGAGGACAGCCUCAAAGAGAAGAGCCGGGAAGGCUUGUUGGACAGUCCCGACUCCGGGCUGCCCCCCAGCCCCAGCCCACCCUUCUACUCCCUGACUCCCGGGAUCGUGGACAGCCGUGCUGCAGGCAGCGGCGCUUCUGCUGAGUCCCCAGGAACCGGGCCCCAUGGGGACCCCCAGGAGACCAUCGUGGCUCCUCACCUCCUCCAGGACUCUUCUAUGCUGGAGAUGAGACCCAGGCUGCACCCGGUGUUUUUUGGGGAAAGCAUUGAAGUAAACCCCGAGCCCAUGCAGGAAAUUCGCUGCAACUCUGAGAUCAAAUACGACUCUGAAAAACACUACCGAGAUGACAUCUUCUACAUCCCCGUCCCCACUGUCACCUCCUACAGUGAGACCAUCAUCGCCACUCCCAAUUGCACAUGGCGGAACUACAAAACGAAGCUGACCUUCGAACCUCGCCAACGGGCCCUGCGUUUCCAGACCACCACCAUCAUCUUCCCCAAGCACCCUAAAAACACUUACCGCACCACCCUCCACUACAGCCUGGGCUGCCCCAAGCGGUGGUUUGCAUCCAGCGUCCAGCUGGAACUGUGUGAUGACCUCCCCUACCCUGAGGAGCUCUAGCCUGGCUCCU